AAAAUGAGGAAAGUGAUGAAUGGCAAUUAUUUCUUGCAAAGUGGAAUGAUAUAGUUCAAUCAAUAACAGAAAAUGAAUUUAAUGAAAAAUGGCAAAUAUUUUGUUCUACUUACGCAAAUAAACCUUGCAUUGUCACUUAUCUUGAAAAUACUUGGAUGCCAUGGAAGAAGAAAUUUGUAAAGGCAUAG